AUGUCGUCCUCUUUAUCAUCUUGUUCUUUUGAUUUCCACUCAAACUAUUCAGAUGUGCCUCGUGCAUCCUCGGAAAAUUCAACAACUACCACGUCAUCUCUCCCCUCAAGACCAAUCUCUGGGCACUCCGCUAUAUUAGCAUCCUCUUCAUCCUCAUCAUCUUGUUUGUUCCUGGAAAUUCUCCCUCUUGAAGUCCGCUUCAUCAUAUAUUCAUACCUUGUUACUCCCACAUUUUCAUCUUCUUCGAGCCACCCACAAUCAACACUAAAUCAUCGUGCUCGAAAGGGCAAUCAACACACGGCUCUUGCCUCGCGACCUUCGCAUAUAUGUCGACCAUUUUCAACUCUCCCGCUCAUCUCCUCCGCCUCCCACAACUUCUGGCCAGCUAUCCUGCGAGUCAAUCGACAAAUCAACAUUGAAGCACGCUCUAUCAUCUACUCGCUCAUUACGUGGAGUUUAGCUCCAAUCGGCUACCAAUUUAGCUUUCUGGGGGGUGGCGUGCUCACUGGCCUUGCAGGAGACAUUCAUUCCCAUCAUCGCCACCACUUCGAUCAUUAUCUUUAUCAUGAGCAGCAGCAACCGCGGCUUCAGAGUUCUGCCGGAGAGUCCUAUUAUAGUGAUGGCCCGAAUGUCUCUUCAAAUCAAAAUCAGCUAGGAACGUAUAAUCAUCCUCGAUCAGAGAAUUUUAGUCCCCGCUUCUACCACUCACCGCAUCUUGAACGAGGUCCUUUCCCUGAACUAUUCUCUCAAGGUACGGCAGACACGUCGUCCUCAUCUCUCGUCCUCCUCCGUCUAUCGGAGCCGUAUCGCGCUGGUUUGUUCCGUCACGUCAAGCUGCGGAUCCAGCUUGAUGGGGUAGUGCUGCGUGCAGACCCAACGUUCAGCCUGCGCCGGUACUGCGAUGAAGUGCGCCGCAAUGUAGAGCGCGUAGUGCGCGUCGUGCGUGGCGCACAAGGUCUCAGGACUGUGACAGUGGAGUGGGUUGACGGGACUGGGUCGGAAGAGUGUCACGUUGAUUACACACAAACGGAAGAAGAAUUCAAGUUAGGUUUAUAA